AUGCCAUUAGCAGAUCGUCAUUAUCGAUUCCUUUCCCACCAUAUCCAGACUUCAAUCCUAGACCCAGCUAUCCUACCCCCACUGCUACGCUCGGUCCGCGCCUCUCUCUAUCCUAACAAUGCCCCAGGCGCCUCGACUCUCGUCGCCCCCUCGUCCGAAGAGGAGCUGGCUGGCCUACGGCGGAGGUGCGCUAGCGCCAUUUGGGCUCUUGUGCCAAAGAGUGUUGGUAGGUUGUACUUUGGGUCGACCUCACUGUGGCCUGGGGCUGGCAGCGCGGCGUCCUGUGCUGCGGGGCCUGCUAGUGUCGAAAAGGCAUCUGACGACAACAUGAUCACCUCACGGUCCGGACCGCCAGACAGUGAGAAGUCUGCUUAUAGCGAUAAUAGCGCCGCACUUAAGUACCCCGCCGCGAGUGAGACGACGGAGGACGUCCAGGAAAGCGGAGCUGAUGGCCCUGGCAAAGGCGUCGAGCCCAAGGGCGACGAUGCAACACUCCACGCGCGGGGUGUUGCCAACGUCGCUGGGCCCGGUACCGGCGAAAAGGGCAAUGAUCACAGCGAGUCCACGGGCGAGACAUCACCGUGCGACAGCAGCACAAGCGAGGACGAGAGGAUUCUGUCCGAGAUCGAGACCGGCAUCCUAGAUAUCUUCUCGGAUCCGUACUGCAACAAGCACCUCAUGUACGGCAUCCUGGAGCUGGUCCUCGUGCGCCUCAUGCCCGAGCUGGCCGAGAACGGCAUCAUCGAGCUCUGGGAGGAAAGGCUCAGUUAA